CAGGGCCUGGACAAUCCUGAUCCACUGGUGAGAGAAGCAUUUCUGAUGGCCCAUGAUUACAUCAACUAUAUUACCACAGGGGGGGCAGAUGGAAGCAUGGGUCAUGCCCCUACUGCCUGCACCGCAGCCUUGCGCCAUGCAGGGGACGAGCUCCUCAACCGUUUCCCCAUCUUCUUCAGACGCUGGCCUCGUGUUUUCCAGGAUGUGACGGAGAAAACCGCCUGCCCUAUGCUCAUGAGCAUCCUUGAUGAGCACUUUUUUCUGCCUGUCCCUGUGGGGCGCCGCAGGGACCUGGCCUGGAGCGCUGUGCUGUCAGUGUAUGUGCUGGCUGGCCAGAUGGCUCUGCAUUGCCAUGAGAGGGGCAUGUUGGGGGUCUUGCCGCAGCUGAAGGAGUGUGUGGGCGCCUACGUACAGAGGGUCAUCUGCCCUGACAUACAAGACAGGGGAGGAUGGAGUGGCUUCGUGUCACGCUUUGGGGAGAAGCAGCGCUUGGAGGGUCAGGUGAAGAAAGUGUGCUGCUGGACAUUGCUGGCACUGGCCACAAGCAUUAUCACCUACCUGCUGUGGAAAAGAAUGGCUUAACCAGCACUGCCCCCUACUGUUCACCAUCAGGAAGUGCUACAUCACUGUCAUCUGGGAGCGUUGUAUUUUCUUUUAAAUGUACAGAAACCUUAUACAGGUAACAAGCAUAUCUGCACCCGUUCAUAUCGUUGUGUAACACACGUAGUAUAAGCCAUUCCAACAGUCACAUGCCAGCUUAUCAUGUUUAUUCAGCAAUUCAUGGACUUUGAUUAUGCAUCACCCAUCGCUGUUGUCAAAGUCUAGUUAUUGAGGUUGGAUUUAUUGACUACUUUGGAAAUGGCAACCUGCAUUUCCAGACCAAAGCU